AUGGUAGACCGCACCGACAUCGUGCAAAAGCUCCGGAACUAUCUUAACGACCAGCAAUUCGUCCAGACCGAAUUCGCGCGCGCGUUCGAGAUGGCCAAGGAAAAAGCGGGUCCUCUGUUCGAACAGUUCGAGAUCAAGAUCGAGACCGUGGACGACUACCUGGACUAUUACGACAUGUUGGUCAAGUGGGUGCCGACGGAGACCAAAGACGGCACCUACGUGUAUAACCAUCUCUGCCUGUUCUACUUCGUGCUCGGCCAGGACCCCCUCCUCGGUACCCAAAGCACCACCAGACCUACCACUCACUCUCCGUACACCUGGCUCUCGCGGUGGAUCAUCGAGUAUGCGAAGGAAAUGGGCAAGUGGAUGGACACGACGGAGUCGAUCACCGCGGAGACGAUCGCAACCUUCUACAAAGCGGAGAGCUACCACAUGGAGGAGUACGAAGACACUGAAUGGCAGACGUUCAACGAGUUCUUCGCUCGUCGCCUCAAACCCGGUGUCCGCCCGAUCGAUGGCGGCUUGGACGACAAUACGGUUAUCGUGAGCCCCGCUGACGCGAAGUUCGAUAUCGCCCUCCCCGUCGAAGAAGGCGGCGUUGUCAAAAUCAAGGGCGUCCCGUGGAGCAUCACCCAGCUGCUCGACCACGACCGGGGCGAUAAAAUUGGCCCCUCUUUCGAUGGCGGCAUGUUCUGCCACUCGCUCCCAACGACUACCACCGCCUCCACGCCCCGGUUCACUUUCGUCCCGGGGGACGACAACGAGCCCGCACACCUCCGGAUGCGCCGCAGCAUGGAUGUCGACAACCCGGCGCGUCGCCUUGAUGUGCCUAACGACGCGGGAUACCAGUUCAUCCAGGCGCGCGCCCUCAUUCUGAUCGACACCACGGAAAUGGGCCUCGUCGCGGUGCUCCCAAUUGGUAUGGCGCAGGUGUCAUCGGUUAAGCUGAGCGUCGGGGCGGGCGACAAGGUGAAGAAGGGUGACGAACUCGCGUACUUCCAGCUCGGCGGCUCCGACGUGGUCACGGUCUUCCAGGAGCGCGCCAACGUGACGUUCACCGCGGAGGCCAACGUGCACUACAAUUACGGAAAGCAGAUUGCAACGGCGAACCCGCUGCCGGACAAUGACCAGUGA